GGCCUGUGUUCAGAAGACAGAGCGGAUGAGUAGGACCUGCUUUGCGGCCUCUCAUUUAUAUGUAAGAAAUGUGCAGCUGAAGGCAGCCAAUCAUCCUUUGACAAUGUGGUGAUUGCAGAAUUGUGUUGCAGGCACUCGUUAGGGGGGAUUGAGCUCAAGAGAUGCAGUUCGGCAGGAACAACGCCAGAUAGAGCUAGCUCGAGCGCCUCGUUCUCUUUGUGAAUAUCCACAAUGGCGAAGCAUCAUGCAUACUUCGAGGGAGGUGGCAGCACUCUUGAUGGCGCAGAACUAGUUGCAUUGUGCAACAUGAUGAUGGCCGCAGCGGGUUUGGUUGCAAAGGCCCAAACUGUGGACGACGUCGUGGCAAUCUGCUCCAGUACCUCUGUGUUUGUGGCAGCCUUCGAGCAGCUAACGGGGCUGAGAAUAGCGGGCCUUCAGCAGUCCCCAAAGAGCUCUGCGGAUAGAGUAGGAAACUGUGCCAGUGUGAUCCAAGAGGCGGCGAAGUUUCUUGAGCUCGACUUAUCGCAUGUCAAGGCAGAGAGGAUCGUUUUUGGAGACCAAGAGCAUAUUGCUAGUCUUUUGGAGCUUAUCGUAGCAAUCCCUAAGCGAAGGCUCGAGGCAACAGGCGAAAAGAAGAAGUAUCAGACGAGAGGGGACCGCGUGGACAGGAUGGGAAGAGAAUCAUACCGUACACGUUCGUCGAAGAGGGGAGGUGGAGAGGAGCCGAGAGUUUCUUCUGGCCAGGUCACUGAGGUAGAAGCGUCUGAGCACUGGGAAACGGAAAGCAGUGGGUCUGACUCCAGUACUCAGGUUGAGGCUUCUGCUGUGUGGAGAAGAAAUGCGGGUCGGAAGCUACAAAGAGAAAGCACGUCGGAUCCUCAGAAAGGGCGGCAUACGAGUACACGCAAGGACCGUGGGCCAAGACUCAAUUCGGAAGAGAUGAAUACGGACUCUUCAGAAGAAGAAUCGGUACAUCAUCCAGCUUCAGAUGGGGCGGAAACAGGGUCCGAUUCUGCAGACACUUCUUCGUCGAGUUCUGAGCCUGGCAAACGCAGUCGGUGCCCGAUUCAAGGACCAAGCUCAUAUGCUAGAAUCCACUCAGACCUUAUGAGUCGGGGUCGUGUACAGCCACACCCUAGCAAGCACUUCCAAGCAACGUGUCCCCCGUACUCUUCCGCCGAACCCCCUUCGGUCGAACCUACGAGAUGCGACACCAGUCGAGAUCAAGAGAGCGACAGCAGGAAGAGCGGUGACGUCAGCACGCGCAGCGCCGACGUCAGCAAGGUGCUUUCGCUGGUGACGCGCGUCGCGCGCGAGGAGCAGCGCGAGUGGGAGCGCAAGCAGACCGCGUUUCGCCACCAGCUGCAGUCCAUAAGCCGGCGGGCAUACGCCGUGCGCUGGCCCUUCCGCCCGCUCCCGGACGUCCGUAAGAUUCCGCUGACAGCUGGCGGAACCGGCGUCCGAAGUUGGCGGAGAGAGGAGGAUGAAAGGUUGAGGAAACGGAGGACGCGGUUGGUAGCGCUGCGGCCGCGCGUGGGGGCGCAGACGGGGGCGGGUAUGGUCAGGUGUCGAAAGGCGUACAAUUCGUUCUUGCCCAAAGGGCAGCAGGUCCCGCUCCGAGUCCGGCCGGAACCCAACCCAACGUCCAGCGGAACCAACCCUCUCUUCUCGAAGGAGACGCUCAAGCAGCUGAACGACGUCAUCCAAAGCCCGGUCUCGACGCUCGACGGCGGCCGCGCGCAAACCCCAAACCUCCAAACCCUGCUCCGCAAUCAUCCGGAACUUCGGAAGCUUUUAGUUGGCCGGCGGUUGGAAAGCGAUGGAGAGGAAACAGAAGUACUGGUGGAAGGUUUGCCGUUAAACCCCGGGUUGCGGAAAGGGUUAGCGGAGAAGUUUGCGGGGCUGAAGGAGCUAAAGAAGGGGUCGGAGGUUGAGGGCAGACCUGAGGAGGUUAGCGACGAAGCGACGUGGCGACACGUGGAGGCGUGGGCGGAAGGGCUUGUGCCCAGGAGCCAGCCGAAGAUGCGCGGCCUGGCGCGCGCGCGGUUGCGCGGCCGCCUCGAAGCGCACCAGCGGAAGCUGCAGCAGAUCCACGCAGAACGCUUCCGAGCGGAAGCGGAAGCGGAUCAAAAGGCGGCCGCGGUGAAGAAGGCCGAAGCCGAGGAGCGGCUGGUCAAGACGCUCCUGGAGCGAGCGCUUGCCUUGGAACGAGAGUCGAUCCUUGCCCAGCGGAAGAAGGAGAGGGAGCGGAAGGCGGCGGAGCAGCGGAGCCGGAACGCGGACAAAGAACGGGCGGAAGCGGACAUCCGGGCGCGCUGCGCUCUGCUCAAGGAGGAGAUACAGGCGAAGCGGCGCGAGCGGAUGGAGAUUGAGCGCGCACAAGAGCAGGUGAUGCGUCAGCUGGCACGGGAGGAGCGGGAGCGCUUGGAACUAGAGCGGGCCAUGCUGUUGGAGCGGCUCGCUGUGCAGGCGAGAUAAGGACCUAUAAGGUUCCAGUCUGUGCGUGCCGAUGGUCCCUACCUCGUUGUUGUGAAACAACACGUACGGCCAGUCCUCAUGAAUAGUUGUAUCGAUACCCUGGGUUGGUUAGCUCGUGACAGUGACAGGCGCAAGGCUUGCAAGAUGGCUUUACCUCAGCAUAUCAUCUGGCACUGGCCAGCUUGCCCUGCCAGCUUUUUUUUUGAUAUAUAAGGCAG